GCAGCACUGGUGGGUGGGCACAGGUGGGUGGCACUGGUGGGCACAGGUGGGUGGCACUGGUGGGCACAGGUGGGGUGGCACUGGUGGGCACAGGUGGGUGGGCACAGGUGGUGGCACUGCUGGGCACAUGUAGGUGGCACUGCAGAGUGGCACAGGUGGGUGCACUGCUGGGCACAGGUGGGGGCACUGCUGGGCACAGGUGGGGGCACUGCUGGGAACGGGUGGGCGGGGCUAGUGGGCGCACUGCUGGGCGGAACUUGCGGUGUGUCACUGCUGGGCACCGAUCAUCAGGGCACU